AUGGAAGACGGCUCAAGCUAUUGCGAGGCUGUCGAGUUCCCCCAGUUCGACGGGAGAUCGGAGGAGAUGCUCGUAUUCGACGUUGAGACGAUGCCGGAGUACAGCCCAUACGCGAUCAUGGCUUGCGCGGUGUCCAAAAACGCCUGGUAUUCGUGGGUCUCGCCAUGGCUAUUGGGCCAAUCCCCGGACGUUCGGCACCUGAUCCCAAUUGGUCCUUCGACAGUCCCUCGUGUGGUUGUCGGACACAACGUUUCCUAUGAUCGCGGUAGACUUCUGGAAGAGUAUAGCAUCGAACCCACUCAAAAUCGGUUCUUAGAUACGAUGGCCCUUCAUAUCGCUGUAAAGGGCAUCUCAUCGCAUCAGCGGCCUGCCUGGAUUCAGUAUCGAAAAUCGAAAGAAAAGGACCGGCAACGAAAGGCCGAGACCAUCGACUCGGUCCUAGAAUUGAUCCGCCAAGGAGAGGAGCUCAGAGAGACUGAAACAGAUCCUGAGAAGAGGCAAGAACUUGACAUACGCCUACGCCAGAUGGAGGAAAGCCUCCCUCUUCUCCAAGCUGACGAAUUCGAUGAUGUCGAGGAGGAAGAGGCGUCCACGAAGCGCUGGGAGGAUAUCACAUCUGCGAACUCUCUUGCCGAUGUUGCUAAGUUGCAUUGUGACAUUGACAUGGACAAGGGCACGCGCAACGAUUUCCUGACAUCCACUCCAGAAGAGAUAUUGGAAGGCAUCCAGGAUUACCUGGACUACUGUGCGAGUGACGUUGGCGUCACUCAUGCAGUAUUCGCCAAGACACUGCCUUCCUUUCUCUCGGCAUGUCCUAGUCCCGUCUCUUUUGCCGGUGUGCUCACCAUGGGAUCAAGUCUCUUGACAGUGAACGAGCAAUGGGAGGCUUAUCUGGAGAACGCGGAACGCACGUAUAAGGAGCUAGAACAGGGCGUCAAGCGUCGACUCCAUGACCUUGCUCACGAUGCAAAGGAGAUGAUGCAGAGCGAGAAAUGGAAAGAAGACGUUUGGCUCAGUCAGCUAGAUUGGACACCAAAAGUUGCGAGCAAAACCCGAGGCGUGGUUCCUGUACAGGAUACCGAGCAACUCGCACCUGUGGUCAAAAGUGUCUCGCCUCCAGCGUCCGUACCUGCAUGGUAUGCUGAAUUUCUCAAACACGGAGCUCUAUCCAAGCGCAUAAUAAACGGCUCGUUGAAUCUCAUCCUUGAGAUGUCUUACGAUGGCCAUCCUGCACAAUUCACCCAAGCUGAAAAAUGGCACUUUGUCGUCGACGGUAAGACGACUCGUCUUCCUACAUCAUCAACUAGCAAAACGGCGACUAUGCUCGGUCGGUCCCAUGGAAGUCCCGGUAUGAACGGUGGGCGAUUAUCUUCCCGUUAUCCCGCCCUUGCUUGGGACGUUAUCAAAGGGAACAAGUCAGCUCAGGUUAUCGAGCAGCUGGAUACGUUGGCCCACCAAGUGGCAAAUCUACCCCCGGCAGAUUAUGAGGGCAACCCUUGGUUCAAGCAGCUCGACUGGCGGUUAGUGCCCAAACCUGAUCAUCCUGCCAAAGUUGAGGACAAACCACCUGAGAAAAAGGCGGCGAAACGCUCGAAAAAGCCUUCGCCCACACCGGUGUAUUGGCCUAAGUGGUACUGGGAACUUACUAGGCCAAAGAAAGAUGCUCCUCCAGGUACGCUCGAUCUGACUGUGCGCAGUCGGGUUUCGCCACUGCUCUUGCGCCUAUCCUGGCAGGGCUGGCCGCUGUUUCAUUCCCGAGAACACGGCUGGGCAUUCCGGGUGCCAAGCGACGCGAAUUUCGAGACGAGAGCCACGUCCUUGACGUUCAAGGAGCCCGCAGACUCUUUGUUGCACAAUGCUAUCCAGAAGGGCUUCGUAUUCUACAAGCUCCCGCACAAGGAUGGCGAAAAAGCCAAUGUGGGCAGCCCGCUCGGCAAGACGUUCAUCAAAUUUGCGCAGGAUGGCACGCUGACGAGCCCUGGGAACGAGGCGAAGGAUGCGCUGGACAUGAACGCGCAAUGCAGCUACUGGAUCAGCGCACGGGAUCGUGUUCUAAAGCAGAUGGUCGUCUGGCAGGACGAGCGCGUUCAGAUAGGCGUUCCGCGGUCGCAGGAGCCCGGGAAGAAAUGGGGCGUCAUCUUGCCGCAGGUCAUCACCAUGGGCACGGUCACCCGCCGUGCGAUCGAAAAGACGUGGCUAACUGCGAGCAACGCCAAAGCCAACCGGGUAGGCUCUGAGCUCAAAGCGAUGGUCCGGGCGCCGGAUGGGUACUCCAUCGUUGGAGCCGAUGUUGAUUCUGAGGAGCUCUGGAUUUCGAGUGUGAUGGGCGACGCGCAGUUCGGUCUGCACGGGGCGACUGCGAUCGGGUGGAUGACGCUCGAGGGUACGAAGGCUGCUGGGACCGAUCUCCAUUCGAAGACCGCGAGCAUUCUAGGGAUCUCGCGUGAUCAGGCGAAGGUCUUCAAUUAUUCGCGGAUCUACGGUGCGGGCAUGCGACACGCUGUGCUUCUGCUGCUGCAGUCCAAUGCUGGGAUGCUGCCGGAGCAGGCGCAAAAGCUGGCUCAGAAUCUGUAUGCUUCGACUAAGGGCAAAAACACCCACCGGCCGGACUUGUUUGGCCGCAAGUUCUGGUAUGGCGGUACUGAGAGUUUGGUCUUCAAUAAGCUGGAGGAGAUUGCGCUCUCGGAUCGACCACAGACGCCAGCCCUCGGAUGUGGUGUGACGUACGCGUUAUCAAAAGAGUAUCUGCCUGCCACCUUCGGCGCAGACUACAUGCCUUCACGUAUCAACUGGGUUGUGCAGUCUUCUGGUGUCGAUUACCUGCAUCUUCUCAUCGUGGCGAUGGACCAUCUCAUCAAGAAGUACGACAUCCACGCACGCUAUCUGAUUUCCGUGCACGAUGAGCUGCGGUACCUAGUCAAGGAUGAAGACAGAUACAGGGCUACGCUGGCUUUGCAGAUAGCCAACCUCUGGACGCGCAGCCUGUUCGCGUACAAGCUUGGCAUGGACGACCUCCCGCAGGGCGUGGCGUUCUUCUCCGCAGUGGACAUCGACAAGGUCCUGCGCAAAGAAGUCGACAUGUCUUGUGUGACGCCCUCGCAGCCCGUGCCUAUCCCUCCUGGGGAAUGCUUGGAUAUUGCACAGGUUCUGGCCAAGACCAAUGGAGGCUCGCUCUGGGUUGAUGGUGCGCCGAUGUUAGAGAAGGACGGUAUAGAAUCUGGAAGCAGCUCCGUCGGGUACCGUCAGCCUGACUGCCUGACUCACCGCGCUACCAGCGCUGCGUGGCUACGGGCGCAGGUCAGCUCCGACAUUAAAGAGAUCAAGAGGCUGGCCUACGAUCACAAGGCUGUUGUUGAGAUUGUUGCCAGAGAGAAAAAUAAGCGCAAGCAGGCUACCGGGCUGAAGAGGCUGAAGAAGAUCCGGGCGCUUGGGGACGGUAACGGGGUAGACUGGGCAAACACUGUCGAGCAGUUGCUCAAGUCUCUAGACGUGUUGUCAUGA